UUCAGUCCUCCCAUUGAACUGAAGAUGAUGUCUAAAUUGAACAUUACGAUUAUAUUUCUUAGUUGCGUUCUUCUCGCAAUCGCCAAUGGCCAGCACUACCAGUACCAGCAAUACCCGUACAAUAAUCGACAAUAUCAUUACCCUCAACCACGACCAGUUCAAAAUAGAAGCCCUUACGGAGUUCGGACUUUGGGAAAUGUACAGAGCUCCCAAGAUGAAUUCCCACCGGUUCUAGGACCUCCUCCUGACGCCGGACUUCCACCAGUACUCGGACCUCCUCCUGGUGUCGAACUUCCUCCGAAAGGUGGACCACUCGGUUUUGGUCCACCCCUUUCAUCGGGUGGCUGCAAUGUCUGCGGGGGUCCCAAUGUACUGGCCGGCAAUAAAAAAGACAGAUUUGGUUAGCAAUAGGUUUGCUGAUUUUCUAACUAAAAUGUUUUUGAUUUAAAAACGAUGUUAAUGUGUAAAAAUAUAAACAUUCAAAAGAAAAACUUUGAAAUACCAAUGUUAAAUUUCAGGAAAUUCAAUAUUUUAUGUGUUUGCGGGGUUCCAAAACAAUCAACUUAAUAGUUUCCAGCGAAUUGCUGUUAAAUUUAAUUUUUAAAUUUCCAAAAAAAUACAUUUACACAUCCAAAUAUGA